CGGGGCUGGCUGGCUUUGUUCGGCGGCUGGGGCGUGGGGCGCGUGCACGAGCUCGACCCGUCUCGCCGCGCCGCGCCGCGCGACGGGGUAUCCGAGGGGGGCCGAUGGCGUCUCGGCGGUGUCCCGGGGCGGCAGGCUCGAGUGCGGGCGAGCACUCGCCAGUCCCCCCGCCUGCGCACCCAGACCCGGCCAGGGAGCUCUUCGAGGGCUGCCGCAACGGGGACGUGGCCCGGGUGAAGAAGCUGCUGAAGGCGGACAACGUCAACGCUAGAGACACGGCGGGUCGCAAAUCCACCCCGUUGCACUUCGCCGCAGGCUUUGGACGGAAGGAUGUAGUUGAAUUUUUGCUUCAGAGUGGUGCUAAUGUCCAUGCAAGAGACGAUGGAGGCCUUAUUCCUCUUCAUAAUGCCUGUUCAUUUGGUCAUGCAGAAGUUGUUAAUCUGCUGCUGUGUCAUGGUGCUGAUUCUAAUGCUCGUGAUAACUGGAACUACACGCCUCUCCAUGAAGCUGCCAUCAAAGGCAAAAUUGACGUAUGCAUAGUUUUACUCCAACAUGGAGCUGACCUUCACAUUCGUAAUACAGAUGGAAGAACAGCAUUAGACCUAGCAGACCCAUCUGCUAAAAUGCUCUUGACAGGUGAAUACAAAAAAGAUGAGCUCCUAGAAACUGCAAGGAAUGGAAAUGAAGAAAAGCUGAUGUCCCUACUUACACCAUUGAAUGUAAACUGCCAUGCUAGUGAUGGUAGAAAGUCCACACCAUUGCAUUUAGCAGCAGGAUAUAACCGUGUUAAUAUCGUACAGCUAUUAUUGCAACAUGGUGCAGAUGUUCAUGCUAAGGAUAAAGGAGAUUUAGUACCUCUUCACAAUGCCUGUUCCUAUGGUCAUUAUGAAGUAACGGAGCUUUUAAUUAAGCAUGGUGCCUGUGUGAAUGCUAUGGACCUCUGGCAGUUUACUCCUUUGCACGAAGCUGCCUCCAAGAACAGAGUAGAAGUAUGCUCCCUUUUGCUAAGCUAUGGUGCUGAUCCAACAUUACUGAACUGUCAUUACAAGAGUGCUAUUGAUUUGGCCCCUACACCCCAGCUAAAAGAACGCUUGGCUUAUGAGUUCAAAGGACAUUCGUUGUUACAAGCUGCUAAAGAAGCUGAUGUUGCUGGUGUGAAAAAACAUCUUUCUUUAGAGAAUGUGAAUUUCAAACAUCUUCAAACUCAUGAAACUGCUCUGCAUUUUGCUGCUGCUUCUCCAUAUCCAAAACGAAAACAGGUAGCUGAGCUUUUAUUAAGAAAAGGAGCUAAUGUUGAUGAAAAGACAAAAGACCUCUUAACACCCCUGCAUGUGGCAUCAGAAAAGGCCCAUAAUGAUAUGAUUGAAGUACUUGUAAAAAAUGAUGCAAAGGUGAAUGCCUUGGACAGUCUUGGUCAGACACCUUUACACAGGGCUGCACGUUCUGGUCAUCAUCACACGUGUCGCCUUUUGCUGGCUUCCGGAACUGAUUCAUCUAUAGUAUCUCUUCAGGGUUUCACUGCAUCAGAGAUGGGCAAUGAAAGUGUGCAGCAGGUUCUACAAGGUGCUGUGGUUGGAAAUUGUGAUACUGACCGGCAGCUGUUAGAAGCAGCUAAAACUGGAGACUUGGAUGUAGUCAAGAAGCUCUGCACUCUUCAGAAUGUAAACUGCAGAGAUGUAGAAGGCCGCCAGUCUACCCCACUUCACUUUGCAGCUGGUUACAACAGAGUGUCUGUGGUGGAAUAUUUGUUGGAAAAUGGUGCCGAUGUUCAUGCCAAGGACAAAGGUGGUUUGGUUCCAUUGCAUAAUGCGUGUUCCUAUGGACAUUAUGAAGUGGCAGAGCUGCUUGUUAAACAUGGCGCAGUGGUUAAUGUUGCUGAUCUGUGGAAGUUUACUCCUUUACAUGAAGCUGCUGCAAAAGGAAAAUAUGAAAUUUGUAAACUUUUAUUAAUUCAUGGUGCUGAUCCAACCAAGAAGAACAGAGAUGGAAAUACAGCUUUGGAUUUAAUUAAGGAUGGAGACACAGACAUUCAAGAUCUCUUGAGUGGCGAUGCUGCUUUGCUUGAUGCUGCAAAAAAGGGUUGCAUGGCCAGAGUGAAGAAGUUGUGCAUAAUAGAGAAUGUUAACUGCAGAGAUACUCAAGGCAGACAUUCGACACCUUUGCAUUUAGCAGCUGGUUAUAACAAUCUGGAAGUUGCAGAAUAUCUGCUGCAACAUGGUGCUGAUGUGAAUGCUCAAGACAAAGGAGGAUUGAUACCUUUACAUAAUGCAGCUUCAUAUGGGCAUGUGGAUGUAGCAGCAUUGUUGAUAAGAUAUAAUGCAUGUGUAAAUGCGACCGACAAAUGGGCUUUCACUCCCCUUCAUGAAGCAGCACAAAAAGGGAGGACACAGUUAUGUGCGUUAUUGUUAGCCCAUGGAGCUGACCCCACUAUGAGAAACCAGGAAGGACAAACGCCAUUAGACCUAGUCAAUGCAGAUGAUGUCAGAGCUUUGCUAAUUGCAGCAAUGCCUCCUUCUGCAUUGCCAUCUUGCUAUAAGCCCCAAGCUGUUGUCAUCAAUGCUUCACAAACAACAGGACCUACAGCCUCUUCUCUGCCUUCUAUUCCAUCAAAUACAGGAAGUCCAUCUGUUGCAUGUAGUCUAGAGAACCUUUCAACUAGUUUCUGUGAGCUCACUUCCAGUGGUAGCUUGUGUGGUACAGAAGGAAUCAGUAGCUUAGAGAAAAAAGUUCCUGGAAUACAUAUGACUAUUAAUCAGUUUUUGAGGAAUUUGGGCCUGGAACAUCUAUGUGACAUUUUUGAAAAAGAACAGAUCACGUUGGAUGUAUUGGUUGAAAUGGGGCAUAAGGAACUAAAAGAAAUUGGAAUAAAUGCUUAUGGACACAGACAUAAAAUCAUCAAAGGUGUUGAACGUCUUAUAGCUGGACAGCAAGGCAACUAUUGUGGAAUCAAGCCUUCAGAGCAUUUGAUUCCUGCCUCAAUGUUACAUAAAUGGGACUGUCUCCAAUAUGUUCCAUUGUACAGAGUAUGGCAUCUCAAAACCAGUUUGGGCAUCAACCCAUAUCUAACUUUAAACACUUCCAGCAGUGGUACAAUUCUGAUUGAUUUAUUACCAGAGGACAAGGAGUUCCAGUCUGUAGAGGAAGAGAUGCAGAGUACAGUGAGAGAGCAUCGUGAUGGUGGCCAUGCAGGUGGAAUCUUUAAUAAAUAUAACUUUUUGAAGAUUCAAAGGGUGUGCAAUAAAAGACUUUGGGAGCGAUAUACACAUCGAAGAAAAGAGGUUUCUGAAGAAAAUCACAAUCACUCAAAUGAGAGAAUGUUGUUUCAUGGUUCUCCCUUUGUAAAUGCCAUUAUUCAUAAGGGUUUUGAUGAAAGACAUGCUUAUAUUGGAGGAAUGUUUGGAGCCGGCAUAUAUUUUGCUGAAAAUUCAUCCAAAAGUAACCAGUAUGUCUAUGGAAUUGGUGGUGGCACUGGGUGUCCAAUACAUAAAGAUAGGUCCUGUUACAUUUGUCAUAGGCAAAUGGUGUUCUGCCGUGUCACACUGGGCAAAUCCUUUUUGCAAUUCAGUGCAAUGAAAAUGGCUCACGCACCCCCUGGUCAUCAUUCCGUCACUGGUCGUCCUAGCGUAAAUGGAUUGGCAUUGGCGGAAUAUGUCAUUUAUAGAGGUGAACAGGCUUACCCAGAGUAUUUGAUAACUUAUCAAAUUAUGAAGCCAGAAAAUGCAACUGAUUGAUAGAUGUGCAUAUACAGAUGGGGUUUGGUACAUGUACAAGAAGCCACAGAACACGUCCAAUGCACUCCAACUUUAUUUAUGUAUUAGUUUUGUAGGUGAAAAUAAUGCAUUUUUAAAACCAAAAACAUUUUAAUUGUGAAAUCCAAGUGGCUUUAAUACUGUACAAAAUAACUUUUCUAUGUAUUUGCCUUCCCAUAUUUCAGCACUUUAAUAGAACCAUUCCAAAAAAAUCUAUCUGCUCCUGGAGAAAUUUUGUAGUUACUUGAAGUAAUUGUACUGAUAAAAUUGAGAACUUUUUUUUGUACUUCUGUGACCCAUCUUGAUUUUCCAUAAAUUUUACAAUUACACACUUCACAUUAAAGCACCAUAAGAUGUUCUCAUUGUAAAAACAAUUGUAAAUAAGAAAGAUUUUUUGUAUUGAUUUAUUAAUUUAUUUACACUGCUUGCAUUACAUGCAUGUGCUAUGCUCACAAUGCAGACUUGCAAGGGCAGUGGUGCCUAUCAUUAAGAUUUAUUGUGUUGAAGAUCUUACCAUGCAGGAAGCAAAGUUUUAUGAGUAGCCAUUGAAAACCAAAAUUAAAAGUGUAAAUGCUAUGCAAGGGUUGAUAUUAAAAAUUGUAUAUUGAGCUGGCUACUUGUAUUCUAAAUGGCAUGCUGAAGUAAAGUCUUUUCAUGGAUUCUGUGUACAUAUUAUAUAUUUUUGAGUUGAUUAAAAUGCAUGAAAGUCAUUGUCCUCUCCGUAGUGUUGAGAAAUCUGCAGUGCUUUUACAGUAUUUGUAACUUGCAAUGCAUUUUAAGUAAUAUUUCUAAUAAUUUUACAAAGUUAUUGUAUUGCAAGUGAAACCUAUUCAUUAAAAAUUUUGCAUCUAAUAUGACAUUACGAUUGUUUUAUUGUUACAACUGCAUUGUUCUUCAAACCAGAACAUUUUCCGAGGCUGCUUCUUGAAAAAAGUGCUUAAGUGGAAACUAAUUAUACUUGUAAGAUCUGUAACUCAGCUAAGCCUGCCUGAAUUGCUUCUGACAUCUUUGUACAAGAAGUCUUUUUAUUUAGAGAUGCAACACGAUAACUGGCCCUCCCAGUCCAACGAGCCAACACUGUCCAAUUAUAGACAUGUGACCAAUUAACCUACCAACCCGUGCAUCUUUGGAAUGUGGGAAGAAGCUUCAGCACUCAAAGGAAAGCCAUGCGGUCUCAGCAAGAAUGUACAAACUCCUCACAAAGAAUUGUGGAAUUGAAUCAAGAUCACUGGCACUGUAAUAACGCCAUGCUAACUGCUGUGCAACCAUGUCAUCCAUCUUGUUGAAGAUGUGCCAACAAUGCCUUUUUCAGUCAUUCUGACAGCUUCUGAAAUUUAUAUCUACAUUAUUUUUCUGCUGUUUUUAAUCUGCAAGGUGGCUGGCACAUUGUCAGAUACUAAUUCUCAUUUUCUUCUUUUAAUGGUAGAUCUUGAUUCCCCAGUUUCUUUUAAAUGCGCAAAUUGGUUAUCACCAAAUUAUUAUAGUUUCCAGUGGUUGUCCUUUCUUUUAGUCUAAUCAAUACUGCUUCAGUGAUUUGUUUUUUUUUCAAGCCACUACUGUGUGUGCAAAUAAUCCUUAGAAUUCUCCAAGUUUCUCAUUGUUUAAUAGGACAUGGGCCCUCAGAUCAGAAUAGAUCUGAGACAGCUCAAUCUGUCCAUGUGCCUCUCUUAAAAAUUAAAUAAAUCAACUUGCCAUUAAUUGAAAAGUAACGUAGUUCCAAAAAAAUAUUGAGUUCCAGUACUGAGCACAGCUUCUCUACAUUUUUUUGAUAAGGCACCUCUGAGGUGUCAAUUCUAUCCAGUCUUCUCGCAGUUCAUUUGGUGCAUACCAAUCAUUAAGAAGCCAUUUAUGCUAAUCCCAUUUACCAGCAUUUGAACUGUGCCUUAAUAAAUAUAAAUACUCAUUCAAAUAUUUACUGAAAAUUGUCAAGAGUACCUAACCCCACCAUCUUCUCAGGCAAUGUGUUCCAGCCUUUCUCUACAGAUGAUUUUUGAUUCUGAUCCCCUCUGUCUUAGUUAAAGCUGUGCCUUUUAAUUUUUAGAUAGCUUCAUCAUGGGGGGAAAAGUUUUCCAUUAUCUACUCUUGUGUAUCCCAUGGUGCAAGAAAUCUGAAAGCCGUAGAGAACUGGGUCUCACAACUCUUUAAAUAUCAACACGUUUCUCCUUUGUCACUCUUGUACUAAUGCCUCCUUGAGCAUUUGUGUUGGCAAUACACAGUGAAGUUUUGUGGGCAGCUCAUAAAACUUAAUAUACUUCCGCAUUACUGUCAUUCCAAUCUGCAUCCUAUAAUUUCAAGCUUAAAGCACUGGAGUAUGAAAUUGCCUCUUCUUGGUAUCUUGUUAGCUAAUACAAUCCAUAAGAUGUUGAGCAGAAUUAGCUCAUUUGUCUCGUUACGUCUGAGUCUGCUCCACCAUUCCAUCAUGGCUGAUUUAUUAUCCCUUUUGAAUCCCAUUCUCCCGCCUUCUCCCUGUGACCUUUGAUGCCUUGAUUAAUCAGGAACCUAGCAACCUUCUUAAACAUACCCAAUUAAGUCUUCUUGCACUUCUGGUUUUUGAAUUUUCUCCUCACUUAGAAGAAUAAAGAAAUAAAUGUGUGGACUAAGUGCACAAUCAUGCACUUCCUUAUACUAUAUUCCAUCUGCCAACUAUUUUCCCAUUUCCCCCAUUCUGUUCAAAUCCUGCAGACACCCUGCUUCCCCAGUACUACUUGCCCCUCCAUCUAUCUUUGUAUAAUCCACAAAUGGACCUAAAAGCAUCAGUUCUUUCAUCCAAAUCAUUGAUGUAUAAUGUGAAAAGAAGAGGUCCCAACACUGACACCUGCAACCAACCAGAAAAGGCCCCCUUUAAUCCCACUCCUAGCCUCCUGCCAGUCAGCCAAUCUUUUAACCAUGCUAAUACCUUUCCUGUAAUACUAUGGGCUCUUACCUGUUAAGCAGCCUCAAAUGGUACCUUGUCAAAGGCCUUCUGAAAAUCCAAGUAAACAACAUCCUCUGACUCUCCUUUGUCUAUCCUGCCUGCUGUUUCCUUCAAGAAAUCCAACAGAUCUGUCAGACAAGAUUUCCCCUUGAGAAACCAUGCUGACUAUGGCCUAUUUUGUCAUAUGCCUCCAAGUACCUGGAAUCCUUGUCCACCUUCAUCUUUUCAUCCUCUGAAAUCAGACUAGCUGGCCUAUAAUUUUCUUCUGCCUUCCUUCUUUAAGAGUGAAGUGACAUUUGCAAUAUUCAAUUUUCCAGUCUGCUGGAACCAUUCCAGAAUCUAGUGAUUCUUGACAAUUAACUGCUUAUGCCUCCAAAAUCUCUUGCACUUCCUCUUUCAGAACCCUGGGCUGUAGUCCACCUGGUCCAGGUGACUUGUCUAGAGGACCUAAGGGCUCAGUACACUGUUUGGGCCAGGUGCUUUCCAUGGUGUCACCCUCCUGAAGGAUGCUCUCACAUUAUCCUAAGAGACUGAUACCCCAGGGUUGUCAAGGCCUGUGGGAGAUUGUGUAGGUACCUCCAUGUUCUGUCGGUCAAAGCAAGCAAAAAAUUGCCAUUUCAUAUGUGAGAUGACUUUGUGGAGAUCAUACCUUGACCCCAAUCAGUUUUGACUGGCAACAAAUCGCCUCCAGUCACCAAUAGAACCACAAAGCUCUGCAUGUUUGGCCCCCUGCUCUGCUUGCUUUAUACUUAGUCCCCUGAAAAAUCUGGCUGAAUGGUGCCACAACAAACUCUCACCCAAUGACAGCAGAAACAAAGUGCUGAUUAUUGACUACAGGAAGAGGAAACCAGAGAUCCAUGAGCCACUCCUGAUCAGGGGAUCAGAAGUCGAGAGGGUCAGUAACUUUAAAUACUUAGGUGUUAUCAUUUCAGAGGCUCUGUCCUGGAUCCAGCACUUAAGUGCCAUUGCAAAAGGUUUGCUCUGCUGCUUAGAAAUUUGUGAAGAUUGGUAUAUCAUCAAAAACUGUGACUAACUUUAUAGGUGCGCAGUGUAUACUGACUGGUUGCAUCAUGGCCUGGUAUGCAAACACCAAUUCCCUUGAAUGGAAAAGCCUUUAAAAAGUAACAGAUAUAGCCCAGACCAUCACAAGUAAAACCCUCUGCACCACUGAGCGCAUUUACUGGAGCACUCACAGGAAAGUAGCAUCUAUCAUCAAGGACCCUCACCAUCCAGGCCAUGCUCUCUCCUCACUGCUGUCAUCAGGAAGGAGGUUCAGAAGCCUUAGGUCCCAUGCCACCAGGUUCAGGAAUAGUUAUUAUCCCUCAACCAGUUAUUAUUCCUGAACCAAAGUGGAUAACUUCACUCAACCCGACACCAAACUGAUUCACAACUUUUGGACUUACUUUCAAAGCUCUACAACUUGUGUUCUCAAUAUUUAUCUAUCUAUCUCUCUAUGCAGUUAGUCAGUGAGUUUAGUUUUUUUAAGUAAUAGCACAAUUUGUUGUCUUUUGCACAUAGGUUAUUUGUCCACCUUUGGAUGCAUUUUCUUCAUUGAUGCUUUUGUGUUUCUUUGUAUUCAUUGUGAAUAUCCACAAGAAAGUGAAUCUCAGGGUAGUAAAUGGUGAAAUAUAUGUACUUUGAUAAUAAAGUUACAUUGAACUUUGA